AAACUUGGUGAAUGAGACUGAAUUGAAACUAAUGGGUCUGAAAUCACAUGAUUGUCAUGCGUUAAUGCAACAUCUACUUCCAAUUGCCAUUAGAUCAGUCUUCCCAAAAAAUGUUCGAGAGUGUUUGACACAUGUUUGCAUUUUCUUUAAUAGGCUGUGCGGGAAGGAAUUAGAAUUGGAUAAGUUAGAUGCAUUACAUGAACAUGUAGUCAAAACAUUGUGCAACCUGGAAAAGUUUUUUCCGCCAUCUUUUUUUGACAUCAUGAUCCAUUUAAUGGUUCAUCUAGUGAGAGAAGCAAGGCUGUGUGGGCCGGUGUGGGCGAGAUGGAUGUAUCCAUUUGAAAGAAAUAUGAAGGUACUUAAAAGUUAUGUGCGUAACCACUAUCGGCCAGAAGCAUGUAUGGUUGAGUGCUACAUAUCUGAAGAGGCUGUGGAAUUUUGUUCAGAGUACAUGGCUGGAGUUGAGGCAAUAGGAAUUAGCAAACCAAGAACUGACCCAGAUGAUGUUGAUAGAGGAUUAAGGGGCAAAGGGACAAUGGUGACAGUGUCCAAGCUUGAACUAGAUCAAGCUCAAUUAGUCGUGAUGAACAAUAACGCAGAGGUUCAACCAUAUAUAACUGACCAUAUGGAGCUGUUACAAUCAAUGGUUCCAAGAAAUCAAAAAAAUAAACAAAAAUGGGUUGCAGACCAACAUCGUCAAACUUUCAUUGGGUGGUUAAGGAAUACCAUUAUAUCAAAGUUGAACGAACCGACUCAUGGAGUAUCUGAUGUGUUGAGUCGUAUUGCCCUUGGACCAACUUUUGCGGUUGCAAAGCAUGAAGCGUACAUUGUAAGGGGUAAACGUUUUCAUACAAAGUCAAGAGAUGAUGCUCGAGAGGUUCAAAAUAGUGGUAUACGUAUCGUCGCAGAAACUAUGCACUUUGCAAGUGCAAAAGAUAGAAACCUUGUUUUAGGUACUAUGACGUAUUACGGGGUCAUUGAAGAAAUAUGGGAGCUCAAUUAUUUUGCGUUCCGAAUUCCACUUUUUAAGUGUUCUUGGGUUGACAACAACGUUGGAGUAAAAACUGACGAGCUUGGUUUUACUUUGGUUGAUUUAAGUAAGAGAGGAAGCAAGAAUGAUCCAUUCAUCAUGGCUAGCCAAGCAGCUCAAGUUUUUUACAUUUCUGAUCCGGCUAAUGAUAAAUGGUCUAUUGUUUUAUCGACACCAGAGAGGAGGUUCUUAGAGACUGAAGAGGAUGAGGAGAAUGCUGACUUAUGUUACGAUGACUUCAUUGUUGGACAACCAAUUCAUGAGCAACUUAUGGGAAUUGAUCGUAACAUUGAGGAAGAUGACGCUGAAUACAUUAGAAACGAUAUCAAUGAGGGAAUAUGGGUCAAUUGUGAUUCAGGCAAACAUAAACAAAAAAAGAAAAGAAAACAUGUCUAAUUGGUAACUUGAUAUAUAGCUUAC